AGUUAGAGCCUGUAAAUGUUUAAUGUUUGUUUUCGGUAGACCAUGGUUAAGGCACUUGUCGACAUUGUCAGUUACCGUAUAGCUUCUGGCAACUUUCAGUGUGUUCUUCUGCUGCUGUUUUAAAAUGACUACGUUCCAAACAGCCCAUGGAUAUGUCAUUUCAAUGUAGAGGUUAUUGAGAGGGCAAUGAGUCCUAUGAUCAAACUACAGGCGUGGUGGUGGAAAAAUGUCAGAUAACGUGUCUUUCUCGCUUUCAGUGUAUUACCAUAUACUGCACUAUGUCAAGAAGGAGAAUAUUUGUUCACUCCAUGGCUUUGCUGGUCUCUGUAAGGGACACUGUUAGUUCUGAAAUACAGUGUGAAUGGGAUCUGUACAGUAUGAGUGGAAGGUCUGUUGUAUGAAUGGGGAAGGUACUGUAGGGACAGAGAGAGAACACUCGCUUCGCUGACUGAGCGAUGCGGGAGACCUGGUUGCUGAGACUGAAUAUCCUGGAACGUCUCCCUGGCAACUGUAUGCAUGGUUGAAGUGUGAUAUUCUGCCUCCACGCUGCGAUGAACAGAGAGUGAAAAGAGAAAGGAGGGAGAGGGGAUCUUGGUUUCAUGGAUUGCUCUGUGGAGAUAUUGUUACAUUAGAGUGAAUCCAAGUAAUGACAUGGUUUCUAAGCACCAGCAGAUUGAGCUCCUCUGGCUGAGCUACUAUUUAACUGGCUGAAAUGAUGAACUAGUUGGACACAGUUGGUGUGAGAUCCAACAUUUGGUCCUUUAAAGGGCUUUUCUAACCAAGAGGCUAAAUGUUUAUGGGUCUUUGAUGGUAGUGGUUCUUAUUUUGGAGUGUGUAACUGUGCAGGCUGUUAAGGUAUGCAUGACUGAAUAGGUGAACUCCAAACUGAAUUUCACUCAGGACUUGGGAGAUGAUGGAUGGAUAAAGGAGGGCCAUGCUGCUGAGUGGAGAGCUUCAAUUCAUCUGACACAGAAGAUCACCUCUACCACACGGAGGAGAGAGGAACCUGCUGGCUCUGAUGCAUUGCUGGAGCCUGUUUGUGUCCACAUUUACAGUAGUAUGCUUCCUACCUGUGUUUUUGUACAUACUGUAUUGUCAAAUUCCCUCUUAUUAUUGAUUGAAUUGAGCAGUUUGUGUAAUGAUUUGGAGGAUGUUUUUGUAGGACCAUACAUUUAUUUGAACAUGGGGGAGGAGGUGAAAAAGCGCCCCAUCAUUGCUGGCAGAGAGAAAGGGCCAGGACCGGGGCGUUACGCUCUGCCACCAACUAUUGGUUUCAUCGGCCAUGACUUCACCAAGCCAACCAGCCCUGCUUACUCCUUCCACGGCAGAAUGAGCAACAACUUGUAUGGUGUUGACUCCAGUCCUGGGCCUCGGUAUUACAUUGAUGCAAAAAUCACCCGUUUCGGCAGGGAUGGCAACCCCGCAUACUCCAUGUUGGGCAGAGUGAGAGGAUCAUCAAGUAAGUUCCCACCAACUUCAGCAGGGCAUUUCCAGACUCCUGGACCUGGGGCAUACAGCCCUGAGAAUGCUCCUCCAUGCAACACCCAGCGCAGACCCCCAUCCUACACUAUGGGCUCCCGCACUCGCUACCGUACCAUCGACUCAGUCCCUGCCCCCAACAAGUACUGUCUCCCUGCUCUCAUGGGCCCCCAGGUUCCCACCAAGCCAGCCAGUGCCAGCUACACCAUGUCAGGGCACUGCAAAUUAGGGGGUCCCUCAGAAGACCUGGCCAAGACCCCAGGCCCUGGUAGAUACAACAGUACAGAUCCAAGUGUCUACCUGCCCAGGCAACCAGCUUUCUCCAUGCUAGGUCGCCAUGGCUUUCCCAACGAUGCCACUCUGAAGCCUGGCCCUGGAACUCAUAAUCCUGAGAAGGUGACUGUCCACAAGCCCCGGGCUCCUGCCUUCUCUCUGGGCAUCAGACACUCGGAGUUUGUCACCCCACUGGUGGUCAAUGUAGCUGACUGAAAAGCACUUCUCACAACUAUGUUCCUCUGGCAUAUGAGACUAGGUUGGAUUCAUCUGCAAAACAAAGAACUUGAGAUGACAAUAGAGAACCAUUUCUACUGCUGUGUUGGCUUAAUAUGAAAUGAAAGACAUUUAGAUACACAACACAAACUUCCACACAGAAAGUAAAGAAAUAUAUUUUAUUUACGUUCUGUCCAGCAACAAGUGUUGUUUAGAAUUAACAAAAAUGUGACUAUUCAGUCCAAAUGUAUACUGUCUGAUACAAAUAUAUAUACACAGAGGAAAGCAGACAAAAUAAAAAACAUUUUCAGAA